AUGAAGACACGGCAAGUGGUUAGUGCAUGGAACCCUGCUCAGUACACAGAACAACUUUUAGGUCAGAGGUAAAACAGGCAAUACAAAAUAACAGCAGAGUCAAAGGCGAAUAUGAUAAAACAGUGCACAAUCUAUGUAGUAUUACUUCGUAUUAAAACUGCUCUUAUGAUAUACCGUAUUUACUCAAAUCUAAUGCACAACUUUUUUUGAAAAUAAAGUUUCGAAAUUUUGAAUGUGUAUUACAUUCAAUGGCGCAUUACAUUCGUGGCAAAAUUCUAUUAUUUCAGUCUAAUUGCAUUAAGGUAAAUUGCAUUCUGGCAAAUUUUAUAGCAUGACAGGAGGUUUCAUAUUUGCUUAAGUCUCUCUUUACUAGAACUCAACCUCAGCACAUUAACACUUUUCAUCCGUUUUGCGGCUGCCGGAAAGCAGUCCUUCGACUGCUUUCGGUUUCCGACCGCCGCUACCCCGGAGUAAGACUCCGGCGGUCCCACGUGUUGGAUUCUGCUCGCCGGCUCAGUCCGCCAAGCGAGAUCCUCUACUUCCACCCCCCACCCGACCUACACUUCCGCUCACGGUGUAACUGCUCCCGCGGCGUGGGUGUGGGGUUACCUUCCCAUGCAGUGCGGCGGCCCGAGCAUCCACUUCCCCGCGACCGCAUGGUCGGAUGGGGGCGGGGCCGGCCCGUUACCAUACUUACCACAUUAGUUCCGUCGAUGGCAGGCACAUGUGCUGUAGCUUUGACUGGGACUCAGCUAUGA